UUUCCAAGUCCAUCAGAAGAAGAUGAGGAAGUAACAGAAGAUGGGAGAGAAAAAAAAUUAAUCAAUUCAAAAACUGUGAUCAGAAGGAAUAUACCCCCAAUAAAUCAUUCAAUGACAAAUGGAAGUGUUAAAGAAGUAUUGCCUAUUGACCCUUUGGCACUUCCCCAAACAAAUGUUUUACCAAGUUUAAGAAAUGGAAAUAUUGGAGGAAAUAUUAAUAAUGAUGAUAUUCCUCAAAAUUUUCAAAAUAUUUUACUCGUUAGACGUUGUAAUUCAAUGCCUUCAGCUAUUAUAAGGAGACGGACAAGUUUAAAAACAAUUAAAGAACCUUACAAAACUAAAGGUGUUAGACAGAGGAGAUACGAGAUAAACAAUAAUGAACCGUUAGAAGAAGAAAAUGAAGAAUACAAACAAAUUUCUUCUGAAAAAUUACCUUUAUGUUCUGAAUUUGAAGAAAAUAAUUGUUCAAAUGAAGCAAGUAUUUACGAAGGUUUAUCAACUCAUAGAAGUUUUGGUGAUGGAAUUCAGGAAGUUCUUCAAUUUAUUGACAGUGGCUCUUCUGCCUCCGCUUCUCCUUUUGUUAAUAAUAAUAGGAGGAAUAUAUUAAAUAAACAGUUUUCCAACAAUUGUUCAACAUUUACAAAUAAUAGUACUACUACAAAUCAACAACAAUAUCAGCAUCAACAACCAAAAAGUCUUCCAUCCUCAAUAGAACCUAAAAGAAAAAUAUUAUUAGAAAAUAAUAAUAAUUUUGAAUCUCAAUGUUUAUUAAUCUACAAUCAAAUAGAUUCUGCACUUUCACUUCCAAAUUUAUUACAACAAACAAAUAAUUCUCAAAAUAGAUUAAUUAUUAAAGAAGAAAAUAAUAAAAAUAAUAAUAAAAUAAUAGAGGAAGAUAGAGAAACUUUAAAAAAUAAAUUAACUGAUUGGAUACGAGGAAUAAUUGAAUGGUCUAGACCAACAACUUCUUGUAAAGAAAAGGUACUCGAGAAUGGUUUUCGAAGCCCAACAGGUGUUUUAAUAACAGACGAACAAAAGAGUACUUCAACUACCGGCAAUCGCCCAGUUCGAAUAGUCCCUAGCCGUUUAGCUAAUUAUUCUUUUUCUCCCUCACACAAAUUAAUUCCAACAAAUCAAAGGAAUGGUUCUUUAGCCAAUAAAAGUAUAAACACAAAAUCAAGUUCAAGUCAACAACCGUCUCCUCUUCAAAGGAUUAGAAGUGUUUUUAGAAGAUCUUUAUUAACUGCUAUGGAUGAAAAAAAUCGUCCUUCAAAACAUUUAAUUAAAAAAGCUUCUAAACAAAUGAGAAGAGAACAGAAAGCUACUGUGACACUAGCGGUUGUUUUAGUUGUUUUCCUCUGUUGUUGGGUUCCUUUUUUUGCUCUGCACCUCUCUAAUGCUUUAUGUCUACUUGCUGGGGGCCAACAAUGUGUUCAUAUGUUAGCUAUGUUUUUAUGUACUUGGCUGGGAUAUUUAAAUUCUUCUCUAAACCCUUUAAUUUAUACUGUUUUUGAUAAACGUUUUCGGAAAGCUUUUCGUGAAUUGCUUGGAUUUUGCCUUGGGCCUUCUAGUAUAAGCAGCUUACAAAGGAGACGUCUACCUGGAGGAUAAAAAUUAAGUCUGAAAAGAAUUUUUGGAAAAAAAUGAAGAAAAUUGAGGAAAGAAAAAUUAGUGAAUGAGGGGAAAAAAUAAAAUAUGAAAAUAAUAAAUAAAUAAAUAAAUGUAUAAUAAUCACUAUAAUUAUACAUUUUAUUUUCUCUAUCAAUUUUUCCUGACAAUUCAUUUUCCUCAUUUUUUGGCUCCUCUUCUGCAGAUGCGU